GGUAGGUCAGGCACAGGGAGGACGCCAUGUGCUGUUGAGGCUCUGGAAUUGGACCUGUCUGUGCUCAUCUCGAUUUGUUGUGUUUCAGUGGGACUUUGGGCUCCACAGCUCCGGUUAACGCCAGCAUGUACUGCACCAGACGCUGCCUCCGGACCGCCUUGCGGGCCGCCGCGGACAUUCACCGUCAUGUGUUUUUCAGGCACCACCUUCAGCAGCAGGCACCGACUCUGUGUUCUGUCCGGCUUCUGAAAACCAGUUCGACCGCCUUUUCCGAAGCCUUAGCCACGCCCCCUCUCGACGGAGCGCCCAAAGAGUACUCACCGAAAAUCCAACAGCUGGUCAGUGACAUCGCCAGCCUCACCUUGAUAGAGGUGUCAGACCUCAACGAGCUCCUCAAGAAAACUCUGAAUAUUCAAGAUGUUGGAAUGAUGCCAAUGGGGGCAAUGGCUGCAUCUGCUGUCCCUGCAGCUCAGGCCACAGAAGAAGAGGAGGUGCCAGUAAAGAAAGAAAAGACUCAAUUCACAGUAAAACUGACAGAGUUAAAAGCAGCUGACAAAGUAAAGCUUAUAAAGGAAGUGAAGAACUGCAUCCAAGGCUUGAAUCUGGUGCAGGCUAAGAAACUGGUGGAGUCCCUUCCCCAGGAAAUCCGAGCGAAUGUGUCCAAGGACGAAGCAGAAAAACUCAAAGCGGCUCUGGAAGCAGCAGGUGGCACUGUGGUGCUGGAGUAAAGCCGUGGAACCACUCGCCCUGUUUACUCUGGAGUUUUGUUGUUCAUCCGUCAUCUAUAUUUGUUUUUUUUUUUUUUUUUUUAAUUUUUACUCAAAAAGAAAAAAAGAGGAUCUCAAGAGAAAUGGAAAGAAAACACAUUUUCCAAUGCUCUCGUCCUUUAGCAUUGCCAGGUGAGAUGGUGCAACUUGGAGUGAACUUUCCAGAGAAUCAGCCUCCACAAAUGACUGCUGCGCUCGUUGGUUAUGCGCCGCUCACGUAUUGCGUAGCUUGAAAGCUACAGAAAUGCUGGCCUGGAUGCCAAAAUGGAUCGGUGCAUUACUCUGUGUUGAUGUUCAGCUGUUCACAGAUAAAGGUUUGAGCUGCAGGAGAAUGGUUACAAAUGUGAAGGAACACCAAUGUAUCCAGUGCAGUGGAUGUCAACGCCGAGUCCAUUAAAGUUCUUAAUAAUGUCAUUAAAGUUGAAAUAUUCUUAUUUCA